AUGGUAUUCAUGCCCCAAUUGUUAGGGGAGGGAAGAAAUUCUGAUGUUCUCAGGUCUGUCGUCAAUCGCACCAUCUCGACAACAGUUUGGCCGCACCUUGUUCGAGCAGAUGCUGUCAACACGCGACAAGUUCCGCUGAGAGUCAAGAUCCCAAGCUGGACUGCGACAGCCAGUGCCGCAUUGUUGAUUGUGGCCAGCGUGCUUGCCCCUCUCGGACUAUACGAUGACAUUGUGCCGGGCGAGUCAAGGCUAGUCGAAUUCCAAUAUGUCAAAGACCCAGGUCCGUGGGGCAGAGUUACCAUGCCUCGGCCAGAUGUCAAGUUCAAUAGAUAUUGCGAAUCUGGCUUGGUGAUUAAUUGUCCAGGCCAGUAUCAAGGCGUAUACAUGAACGAAACAGAGCCAGGACACUGGGAAAGUGUGGAGACUGAUGACACAUCCACCAUCAAUACCACGAUUCCCGCGAACUUCACGACUAUGUUCACUAGCGCGACAUCCGAAAGAGGCAACACAAUCUCUGGACUUUUUGACAUUCAGUAUCGUCGCUGGAAGUUUGACCAGAACGGAAUCAUAGACAAAGGCGAACCUUUCGUCCGGGGCGCUAGCCAGAAUAUUGGAAUGAUGGUAGCACAGGACUCCAUCCUCCUUACAGAAGGGCUCAUAGUCGAUAUGAGAGAUACUCCAGGGAUCGGAUUCAGGAACCACACCAUCCCAGUUGGACUAGAUCAUGGUGGACUUUGGUCUGAAGAUAUCACGUGGAUUGAGCCGGUGACACAAUGUGCUGAUACGAACCUGUCCAUCGAGAUGAGUGUCGAAAAUACCAAGGAAUCGUUCACCGAUAAUACUACCUUCUACAUAGUCGACAGAGGCGCCUUCAUUGGACUUGAUGCAAGUGCACUCGAAUCACCUCCUUGGAAUGAUAAUCAGACUCUAGAUCUGUUUGGUCGGGCUCAUAAGGCUGCUCGCAUGCACAAUGUAUUUGUUGCUUCUAGUCUCAACAUCUCUCUCCCGCUUGACGAGGCUACAGAGGCAGUGCCAAAGAUCUUGGUGGAGGACGACAGCUCUGCUCCGGCUAUGAUGUUCAGUGAGUCGAGUUUCGACAGUAUUUUGAAAGGUGCAUUGAGUGGGGUUGGUGGAAUGCCACCUGCAAUACCAUCACAGUAUUCUGCAGGAAACGCGUCUGUGCCUGUUUUGAGUCACUACCCCGAUGGUAUAAAGAGGCUUUUGGCACUGAACUACUCUGCUGUCGCCCAAGUAUGUAGGGGAUACUAUGAGCUGGGCACGACGGAUAAUGACUGGAGAGCCAACAACAUAACAUACCCUGCUGUUCAAUGUGGCUUUUUACUCGGAGCUCCGUUGCAAAUGUCCAACGAGAAUUUGUCGGUGCCAGCAUACACUGGGAUCUCAGCCCGCCAGAGGAAUUUGUAUAUAUGCGCAUCAGGCGUAAGAGCCAGCAUCAAAACGGUUGACUUUCGUUACAACGGCACGGGUGGCGAGUUUGCCAACCUCAAUGUAUUGCAAAUCAAGGACAAAGUAUAUCCUAACAAGCAAUCUCAACCACUGUGGGCGUCUGAGCAUAGCUACGAUAAGGUCAUGCGGUUCGAUCCUCUUUGGGGCAUCGUUGACAGUCGCUAUGAGACGAUGGGCUACAAAGAUGGAUUCUACACACUUCGAGCAGAGAAACUGUGGCUUGCUACAAGCCCGUUUCUGACCCUCAAUUUCGGAGAGACUGAGGGCUCUGACUCACUGGCUGGCGCUUCUGGAUUCAACCGGCGACUGGGAAAUUUAUACGGCGGCCUGUCUGACUUGGGUGACGCCGACUACAGUGGACAAUAUGAUUACACCAUGCUCGAGCGCUGGCAAAGGCUUUCGCGAGACAACGCCUCAGCUGCGCAGAUACCUAGUCUAAUUAUGACGAAUGGCCUUGCCGGGGGCUUGGUGGGCACAAAAACCUCCAUCUCCACCAAAUACGUGCAGUGGCCAGCUAGUCUUGCCGUGGACGAUACCGCCAGCGGCCUUCCACAGGCGAGUAUCACAGAAUACAAGCGGGUCAUCCAUUACAACUUGCGUUACGCCAUCCCGGCAUUUGUCAUCUUGGCCAUAUUGCUCUUGGUUUUCCUCUGGGCUGCAGCAAUCAUUCUUUCAUCUCGCUCGAUUUUGCUCGACCUGCAGAAUAUGUAUAAUCAGACCAGCACUGGCCGGCUUGCUACUAAGCUACUGCAGCCGGGAGGCAGCAACCCUAAGGAACCCACUCGAAAAUGGGUCAAGAAAGACGGGCGGCUUCCACUGGGCUUUGGGCAGAUAACUGAUCACGAGAAGGAUCGCUUCUGCGAAGUCGUUGACGACUCUCCUGAGGUCCGCGCCCAUCCCGAUAGCCCUUCGGUCCCCGUCGGGGGAGAUCUCGGGACACAAAAGACCAUGAGUACGGGCACUGCAAAGUAA